AUGUCCCUCCCCCUCCUCCAACCCUCCACAGCAACCUCCUUCCCCACCUCCAUAGCCCUCACAGCCCAAGCCCCCUCCUUCCUCAAAUCCCAAUCCACCUGGUUCGCCGCCCUGCCCUACCCCCUCAGCCUCCUCACCAACACGGAAUCGCAAGAAAAAUGGCAAAUCUACGAAAACCUCUUCCUCGCCAGCCUGCGCACCGGCGCCGACGCCACCGCCUGGCAAUGCCUGGAAGCGCUAGUCGCGCGCUUCGGCAAGACCAACGAUCGCGUAAUCGCGCUGCACGGCCUGUACCUUGAAGCGACGGCGAAAGACGAACAUGGGCUUGCUGCCGCGAUGAGACUGUAUGAGGAAGUGUUGAUCGAAGAUCCAACGAAGUUCUCUAUUCGCAAGCGGCGCGCGGCGUUGUUAAGGAGUGCCGGUAAGACGGCCGAGGCGGCGCAGGCGUUGGUGAAUAUUCUCGAUGCGAGCCCCACCGACGCAGAGGCGUGGGCGGAGCUGGCGGAUUUGUACCUUUCGCAGGGCGCGUUUGAUCAGGCGGUCUUCAGUUUGGAGGAGGUGUUGCUUGUGAUGCCGAAUGCGUGGAACAUGCACGCGAAGCUGGGCGAGGUGUUGUAUCUGCAGGCGAGCCGGACGGAGUCGGUGGGGGAGAAGGCAAGGCUUUUGGCCGAGAGUUUCCGGCGGUUUUGUCGGAGUGUGGAGUUGUGCGAUGACUACUUGAGGGGGUACUACGGGUUGAAACUGACAUCGACUCGCCUCCUCGAACUCCGCUCCACCUCCCAAAAGCAACAACAAAAUACCUCAGAUCCCUCGACCGGCGACCUCGCGCCUCCUUCAACGGAGACAGUGAAGAAGCUGAACGCCAUCGCCACCGCCAAACUCGGCGAGAUCGUCCGACGGGCAUCCUCAGGCGAGAAGGGGUGGGAUGGGUUCAGCAAGGCGGAACUGAGCGCCGCGCGAGACUUGUUGGACAAAAGUACUCUGAAAAUUGAACGAUGA